CACAAGAACAGUUAGUUAAGAUACAGAAUAAUCAUGAUAAAAUCAUGUCCCAUACCAAAUCAGCUUUAAUAGAUGAAAAGAAUGAAUUACAACAGAGAGUGAAUGAAUUAGAGGACAAAUAUUCUUCAGUGCAAUCCAAAUUAGCCAAAGCUGCUGUUAUAUUUAAGAAGUACAAGAAAAGAAGUCACAAAACAACAGAAAAUUUACAAGAUAGUGUUCAGAUACUAGAAGCCAAAAAUCAGGAGUUAGAACUUGAAAAACAAGCUUUACAAAAAUGUGUGCCUCCUGAAGUACAUAAUAAAUUAAAAAAACAAUGGAAAGAUUUAUACAGAAGGCAUCAAGAAUUCCGUGCUAUUUUACUACCUAAUAUUGAUCAUGUAUCUAUUGGUGAGAAAUCGUUUGCUGUGGCUCGUAUACAAGAUUCUACACUGAAUUUAUCAGGGGAAUUUGAACAACAGCAUCAAGAAGAUUUAAAGAUGUUAAAGAAACGAUUGGAUCAGUUAGAUGAUAAUCAAAAACAACAAUUAGAGGAAUUACAUGAUAUAGCUCAUAGUACAUUGAUUAAUAACAAACAUGAUACUACAGAGAAAGCUGAUGAUGAAAAAUGACAGAAUUUUGAGUUGAAAAAAAGAAACUGUCAAAUCAAAUAGACUAUGAUAAAGAUUUCUAUAAUAUAUUUUAUUAUUUAUCUGAUGGUGCUUUUUAAGUGUUUUUACUUGGUGGUGCGUACAGAUGUAGCAUGGUAAGCAUCUGGCAUAGUGUAAGAAUCGUGUCUUGCUAACAUCCAACAUUGGUGAAAGUUGUAGCAUGAUUAACAUUUGACAUUAAUAAGUGUAAAGAUGAAGCAAGGUAACAUCUGACAUUAGUGUGAGGAUGUAGCAUGGUUAACAUCUUACACUAGUAGACUGGUUAACAUCUGACAAUAGUGUGAGGAUGUAGCAUGGUUAACAUCUGACAUUAGUGUGAGGAUGUAGCAUGGUGACAUCUGACAUUAGUGUGAGGAUGUAGUAUGGUUAACAUCAUUCUGACAUUAGUGUGAGGAUGUAGCAUGGUUAACAUCUGACAUUAGUGUGAGGAUGUAGCAUGGUUAACAUCUGACAUUAGUAGGAAGAUGUAGCAUGGUUAACAUCUGACAUUAGUGUGAAGAUGUACAAUGAUCAAAUCAGUAGUAUGUAGUAUGGUUAACAUCUGACAUUAGUUUGAGGAUGUUGCAUGGUUAACAUCUGACAUUAGUAUGAAGAUGUACCAUGAUCAAAUCAGUACGAUGUAGUAUGGUUAACAUCUGACAUUAGUGUAAGGAUGUAGUAUGGUUAAAAUAUGACAUUAGUGUGAAUAUGUAGCAUAAUCAAUAUCUGACAUUAGUGUAAGGAUGUAUCAUCUGACAUAGUAGCAUGGUUACCAUCUGACAUAAAUGAUAAAAGAAUUGUUUGAAUCUAUUUUAAGGCUGUGAUGAUAAAGAGAUUAUAUAUAUAUAUCAUAUGUAAUAUAUUACCGGUAUUUAAAUUUGUAAAUCAUGUAUUGUAACAAAGAGUUUUAAAUUCAAAACUCACUAAUUUUUUAUUUACUUUGUUUUUUUUUCUAAGAUGAGUCUUCAU